AUGCCGUAUAACAUCGCUAUGGUCAGUGACUUCUUUUUCCCUCAGUCAGGUGGAAUUGAAAGUCACAUAUAUCAACUGUCGUCCAAACUCAUCGAUCGAGGUCACAAAGUUAUUGUGAUCACCCAUGCGUAUAAGGGGCGCACUGGGGUGCGUUACCUCACGAAUGGAUUGAAGAUCUUCCACGUUCCCUUCUUCGUCAUCUACCGCGAAACAACAUUCCCUACCGUCUUCUCCUUCUUCCCCAUAUUCCGCAAUAUUGUCAUCCGGGAGGAGAUUGACAUUGUCCAUGGCCAUGCUAGUCUGAGUAGUUUCUGCGGAGAAGCUAUCCUUCACGCGCGCACCAUGGGUCUGCGAACCGUCUUUACGGAUCAUUCCCUCUUCGGAUUCGCCGAUGCAGCAUCAAUUCUCACCAACAAGUUGCUCAAGUUUACUUUGAGUGAUGUUGACCAUGCAAUUUGUGUUAGUCACACUUGCAAGGAAAAUACAGUACUUCGAGCUUCAUUGGACCCAUUGAUGGUCUCGGUUAUCCCAAACGCUGUGGUAGCGGAGAAUUUCUGUCCUUUGUCACAUAACACCCGUGCAUCUGAUCAACCUCCAAGCUCACCCACCGAUGCUCCAAUGUCUCCGAGGCAAAUUGGUCCCGAUGAUCCAAUAACAAUUGUGGUGAUAUCUCGACUUUUCUACAAUAAGGGGACCGAUCUCCUCAUCGCAUCUAUCCCGCGGAUCCUUGCCUCCAAUCCCAACACUCGUUUCAUCAUCGCAGGAUCUGGACCCAAAGCAAUCGACCUGGAGCAAAUGCUGGAACGCAACGUGCUUCAAGAUAAGGUUGAGCUUCUAGGUUCGGUCCGACAUGAGGAAGUCCGAGAUGUCAUGGUGCGAGGUGAUAUCUACCUUCAUCCAAGUCUCACAGAAGCAUUUGGGACGGUUAUUGUUGAAGCUGCUAGUUGUGGUCUGUACGUGGUCUGUACCCGAGUCGGAGGCAUACCCGAAGUGCUACCCCAGCAUAUGACUACAUUCGCCAAGCCAGAGGAGGACGAUAUUGUGCUUGCAACCAGCAAGGCGAUUGCAGCAUUGCGGUCGAACAAGGUCCGAACGGACCGAUUUCAUGACCAGGUUAAAAUGAUGUAUUCAUGGCGGGACGUGGCCGCUCGCACUGAGCGCGUCUACGAAGGCAUCAUUGGUGAUAUCAGCCCGGAGGAAUUCUAUGGUUACUACCCAGGCCAGGGCUGGGAAGCGAGCGGAGAUCGCGUUCGCAGCUUUGCACUCAUUGACCGUCUCAAACGUUACUACGGCUGUGGUGUCUGGGCUGGCAAGCUGUUUUGCCUCUGUGUCGUGAUUGACUUCCUGAUCUAUGUCUUCCUUGAGAUGUGGUUCCCCCGAGCCAACAUUGAUAUCGCACGAAGUUGGCCAAAAAAACAACCCGCCAGUAAACUUCAUGACACUACCCGAAGUUCUGGAUGA